AUGGUGAUGCUUCUCGACCUCCCAGAGGAGACACUCUGUCUCAUUGCGGAAGACUUGGAUGAUCAGCGUGACCGCUAUUCCCUAGUUCUAUCAUGUCGUCGAUUGUACACAGCCUUACUCCCAACUCUCUAUUCUCGGGUUAUUCUUGGUGAUGUUAGCAAUCAUACAAUUGGACAAGUCAGUCGAUUUUUCAAUGCAAUCGCGCGACGGCCGCAGUUGGCAAGCGCCGUGCGAUCUUUACGCUUGGAGAGUUGGGACACUGAAGAUGAUGCCGGGGAUAUCGACUGUGAAUUUGAAUAUGAUGAGGAACUUAUUUACGGGCUUGUCGCUGGUACCUGUUGGUCCACGCAACCGAGUAAGGAACUGCGACUCGGAAAUACCGAUGCUUGGUUAGCUUUGCUCAUACCCCAGCUGAAAGGCUUAAGACGGAUCAGCAUAUGCUACCCGUAUGGGUCAGAAUAUGUUGAGGAUAUGUUCGUGAAGGCUGCCAAAGAGGAUACCACAGCAUUUCCUCGCCUCACUGAAGCUUUCGCCGAAUGGGCUGAUACGGAGAAUUCCAUUCAUGCAAGCUGCAUGGAACCGUUCUUCAAAUUCCCGGCCAUGCGCAGGAUUGGAGGAUCCUCUAUGGUCGACUCCGAUCGUGAAGAGGGAGAACCUCGCAUCACACCCUUCUCGGGAGUCACAGAUAUCGAUCUCGAUAUGACCAACACUGAGUGUGGAUUUGGUGUCUGGAUCGAAUCUUGCAAGGCUCUCAAGACUUUCCGUUUAAAUAUUGGCGGAGGAAUGAUCUCAGAUGGACCCGAUCUUAUCUCAGCUCCGCUUCGAGAAUCUAUAUCCCUUCACAAGGCAUCGCUAGAGGCGUUUUGGCUCUGUGGCGAAUCGUGGGAUCCCCCGGAAGACGAUCAUGGAUGGAUGGGAUCGUUUGCCGAUUUUAAUAUGAUGAAAUAUCUGCAUAUUUCUAUAUCAAUGCUUGCCAAGCUUGACGAGAACUUUGAGCCCACGCAAGAACUCGUGGCACUUUUGCCGCCGUCCCUUGAGACUUUGUAUUUAUGUCACUGCCACAACGAGCUGCUCGAAUGGGCCGUCGAUCAAAUCGAACGCUUGAUGGAUUCAAAGUCCCUACCACGCCUUACUUCCCUGGGGCUUGAAGGUUACGGGCCUUCAGAGAUCGAUCAGAGUUCCUUGGAGACUAUGCGCAAACUGGAGGAGUUGAACAAAAGAUGUGCAGAAGCUGGUGUAUUCUUCGCUACUUCUAUUGGAAGUCACAGAAUGGUCCCGAGUCAUUUUGUAGAGCUUUGGCCUUGUUCUUAA